UUAUAACUGGUGUCCUUAUUUAAUCAAUAAGAACAGCCACCUGCUCUUAAUAACAAAUAGUUGUGUAUAUCGAACGAAUCUGUUGUGAAUAGCUGUUUAAUGGUUUGUUCUGCCCGGUAGAAAUUGUUAUAAGUUUAUGAAAUAAAUUAAAAUAGUCUAAGAGAGCAUUUUCGGAAGCAUAUUUCAGUGGUGUAUUUGAUAACGCUUUUUAAAAAUGUCGGUUAUGGGAGCUAAACCAAUCUUGUAUUCGUACUGGCGUAGUUCAUGUUCCUGGAGGGUAAGAAUAGCCUUGAAUCUUAAGGAGAUUCCAUAUGAUAUCAAGCCUGUGAGUCUCAUCAAAGGUGGUGGGGAGCAGCACUGCAAUGAAUAUCGUGAAAUAAACCCAAUGGAGCAAGUUCCAGCUCUUCACAUUGAUGGCCAUACUCUAGUUGAGUCUCUGAACAUCAUGCAUUACCUGGAGGAGACGCGGCCUGCCAGACCGCUCAUGCCUCAGGACGUUGUGAAACGAGCAAAGGUGCGAGAAAUCUGUGAGGUGAUCGCUUCAGGCAUCCAGCCCCUGCAGAACCUCAUAGUGUUGAUAUACGUGGGCGAAGAGAAGAAGAAAGAAUGGGCUCAGCAUUGGAUCACGCGUGGUUUUAGAGCUGUUGAAAAAUUGCUGUCGUCGUGCGCAGGGAAGUAUUGUGUUGGGGAUGAGAUGUCGCUGGCAGAUUGCUGCUUGGUCCCUCAGGUUUUUAAUGCUCGCAGGUUCCACGUGGACUUGCGGCCGUUCCCGAUCAUCCUGCGCAUCGACCGCGAGCUGGAGAACCACCCCGCGUUCCGCGCGGCCCACCCCUCCAGCCAGCCCGACUGUCCGCCCGAGGCCACCAAGUAGACUCCGCGCCGGGCCCGCGCCCGGCCCCAGCUCCCGCAAAGUACAAAGUGAUACAUCUCCAGUUUUUAUAUUGUGGUUUGAUACUCAGCUUCGUGUCUUUGUCCGAGUCGUUCAGUGUCACAAAAUCCUACAGCUGCUGAUAAUUUUUUUUAAUUUUUUUUUUUUUUAGUCUUGAUAUCGACUGGAAAAAAAAGUUAAGUGAUUUUCCGGUGUAAUAAUCUGCGGGUCUGUCUGCAUGCCAAAUUUUUGAGCGUUCUUUUAAUGAGGGUUGUCAACAGUAGCGUUUUUAACUAACCGUCUAAUUCUAACAAAGUUUCAGCGUGUAGUGGGUAAUUUUUAUGUUUAUUGAAAAUUAAAAAAAACUAUUAAAAAUCAGUACAUUUAUGCAAUAUUUUCUACAACUUUUCUUGUGCCUUUUUCCAUCGGUGGAGUGGAUUUAUAAUGUCUUUGAACACAGCAAGCAGCGAUUAGAAAAAAUAAAUUAAGUUCCGAUGUCUUUGGUUCAAAAACUUUGAUCAAGCAGCAAAGAGUGGCAGAACGGUUCUUAGACCCUUAAUGCUGUUGAGAACUGUCGAAUUUUGAUACGAGUUACCCGAGACGGACUUAGCGGUUUUCACUGCAUUGUAAACAGUUGUGAAUGCAGAUUUAAUUUGGGGGUUUCUUGACAUUCUCUAAAGACUGUAUAAAUUCAUACUGUGGAGAAAAAUAAAUUAAAAAUUAAAUUUCAGAUGCUUUUAGUAGGACAAAAUACAUUUUGUCUGGUGAAAUCUUCGCCUUCGACGCGGCCAUAACCCAUAAGCCAAGCAAUGGUCGCAAAAGCCUGCAAUGCUUGUUAAUUGGAAUAAUGUUUUUAGAAAUAUUUUUUCAACAGUUUUAGGAAUUUUGCACGAUUGCUGCUAGUAUCAGCAGCUCCCAUUAUUUGAAUGUUCGAAAAUACACAGGCAUUUGUUUGAGCUCACUCGCACCGUGCAAAAUCUGCUGAUUUUUUUUUUUUUUUUUUCCAGUCGGUAUGUGUUAUCAUAGCUAUUCAAAAAAAUGCUUGUUAGAAAGAGUAUUAUAAUGUUUUUUUUUAUUUGCUGUUUUAGAUAGGUAUAUUUGUUAAGUAAGGAAUUUACAAGCUGAUAGUGUUAGUUAUAUGUUUAAUGUUAUAUGUAUAGAUGAACAAAUCGGUAAAUAAGUUUUGUAACUUGUAAUGUGCACACACAACUGAGAAAAUAUUUUGACAUUUCUUGCAUUUACAAGAAAUUUAAAUAAAUUAGUCUAAAAUUAAGUAUUCAAUGAAAAUAAAACUAUUUGGAAAAUUUAAUUUAUUUAAUAAGAAGUUUUACUGUCUUCAUUUUUAAAUUUACUGUUUGAUUAGUUUAUAAAAUAAAAUUCCAUGAAUAUAGUACUUGUUAAAUUGGUUUAUUAUAACAUUUUUGCCCUUUUUUUAAUUGGCUGUUAUAUUAGUUUAUAAAAUGAACUCCAUAAAUAUAGUACUUGUUAAACUGGUUUAGUAUAAUUUUUUGUCUUUUUUAAUAUGCUGUUAGAUUAGUUUAUAAAAUGAUUUCCAUAGAUAAUUCUUGUCUUCCUUGCUAACUGUUCACAAAUUAGAGAGGUAAAUGGAAAUAAUUUUAUUACAUAAUAAUACAACUUUUAAAAUUUAUGUAAAACUUUUUGCAAAUGUGGGUAAUUAGUUUUGUCAUUCCAAAUGAUUUGUAAUCGUAUUUUUCCAACAACCUACUUUAAAGAUUUGGUGAAUUGAAAACAGCUGUAAGGGAAUUGUAUCAUCUGUGCAUUUGUAGUUGGUUUUUGUAGUGAAAGCAUAGUUCGUCAUUUGUGAAAACGUGUGUCGUAAUUUGCUGUAGUUUUAAAUUUAAUGAAAGGAUUAUGCCUUUUUAUUUUCUGUUAUUGUUUGUGGAACUGCAGUAUCUACAGCAAUCUGCGCUAAAAACUUGCACCAGUCAUUUAGAAUUACUUAGGUAAAUUCAAUUAAUAUUUAAUUAUUGUUUUCAUGGAGUCUGAAUUGUGACUGAGCAAAAAUUGUAAAACAUGUUUCCAUGGACGAGCUACUGAAGACUUUGUUGCUGGAAAAAGAAAGGUAUCAAUUUUUUCAUAAGUUUCCAAACUUUUUCGAUUUCAUGUUUUGUCGUCCCAAUUUUGACUUUAAAAUUGAAUAUUUUGGUGAUUAUUUAUUGCAGGUAUAGUAUUGUUUUGUGUGCUUAUCUGCACAAACACCUCUCUCAUUAUGAACUGUACCUAUAUAGGUAAACACUUCUUGUAAUAGAAAAAAGUGUGCAGGAAUCAUAAAUGACAAGAUUAUACGUGAAUUGUGAUAAAACUUAAAUUAUGUCGAAACACUGCUUAACAUCGAAAUGGAAGUUAAUGAUCCUAUAGCACCAAAAUGCAAGUUAUAUCAUGGAAUUAGGUAGCAUUUAACCAAAACUUCAUUAAAAUUAUAAAAGUAAUCUUUUAAUGUUUGUAAUUCAAAGAAUGACUUAAUUUCCGGACAAAAAUAUUUAACUAAAGUGAUGGAUCAGAAAAAUUAAUUUUAUGUAUUUUUAUUGUGCAUCCCUUAUUGAAUGACUUUUAAAUGACAAAUGCUCGCUAAUUUAUUUUUAUCUCUCUGAAGUAUCUGUUUUAGACCAAUUUGAUAUAAAUUAUUUUAUUGUAGAAAUGCAGAAUAGAAAUUUUAUCACUAUUUUGGUGGAGUAAGUAUUAAAACAGCUUUUAUAAAAAUAGAAACAAUCACCAAAAUCCUCUGUUUCAAAAGCAAAAUUGGACUAAAAGUAAAACAAUAAAAUCUUGCCUGUAGUCAUAUACCAGAAGACUAGGUAUGCCUUUAAAUUAAAUUUGAAACUCAUUUGAGCCAGUUGUUUCAAGUAUUUGAAGAUGCAGUGUGCUUUGUAGUUUGGAGGGUGACAAUUUCUCCCUCAAUUAUUUUAUUAUUGAUUAUUGUAUACAUAUUGUCAUUAUGUACAAGUAUUUAUGUGUGGCCAGAGUAAAGGAAUAUCUGUUGGUCCAAUUGUUCUAAUGGCAUAAGCUCAUAAUGAACAAACUUUGGAGCGAGUGAAACAAAUUUUAUGUGUGCUUUUUUUUUUGGUUGGUGUUUACUAGGUGAGUAUGAGUGUAUUUACAUUUAGUGUAUACUAUUGUAUUAGUUGUUAGCUAUGUUUUGGGAGUUUUUAGUUGUUGGUGAAUGGGAGUAGUUAAAACUAUUUUUGAGAUAAAAUUUAAAGUUGUUUGCUGUUUGGAAGAUUUGAGAUAUCAACGUUAAAUUUUUUAGAUACAGUGUAGAGAUUUUUUUCCUAUUGGUGCCUAAAUUAUAGGAAAAAAUUAUUUGAUUUUCGUGAUGAAUGAAAAUAAAAUGUAUUUCUGUAAUGUCGAGCUAAUAGGUGUGUCAAAUGAUUUUGUGUCUAUCUGUAUCCAACUGAAGUUUGACUGAAGGCAAUUAAAAGAACAAUGUUGCUAUUAAUGAAAUUGUAUUGAUGAUGUACAUAUAUGUUAGAUGCUGAUUUAGUUUGUAGCAGUGUUUUUAUAGUGCAAAUGUAUAUUGUUUAAGGAAAAAUUUUAAUGUUUCAUGUGCAGGUUUUCAAACUGUAUUUUAACAAUUUAGCACAGCACAUUUAUGUUGUUUUUAUCUUUGCCAUAAGUUAGUAUGUACAUGGAUGAGUAAAUAAUUACUAUAAUGAACUUUUAUUAUAUAGGGAAAUAGUACAACUCUGUACUAUUUUUUUUAUUUUACGAAAGACCAAUUUCAACUGUAAGAUUUACAUAGUUGUAAACUAAAAUUAAAAUGGACAGAAAAAAAAGAUAUUAAAAAUGGUAGUGAUAUAAAUUGUUUGAAUUUUUACAGGGAACAGUGAGAGGAAUAAAAUAAUUAAUUUCUCUAGUCAACAAGGACUAUUGUUGAGUCAUUACUUACUUGAUAGUUACGUUGUAAAUUUAAAAGUAUCCAAACAGCUGAUAAAAAAUUGUGAAAUAAACUAUUUCAGCAUUAAAUUUUGUAGGUAUGUAUUCAUAAUGUCAUUAGAAAUAUAGUAUUUUUGUGUCCAAUGUGUGUGUGACUUCGAGCAAGUAACCUUAGCUAGACAUGUUUGUGGACCAGCAAAAGUUUGAUUUGUACUGCAACUACUUGUAUAUUAAUAUUGAGUAGUCAUUCUUCUCCUGUUUCUUAGUCUCUGAUUGCUUAAAUCAGUUCCAUCUGUGUUUGUGUUUUCAAUGCCCAGCAAUGAUGUGAAUGUUGUAUGUAUUUGCCUGUGUCAUUUUUUUACAUAUCCACCGGAUAUAGAUUAGCAAGUGGUAGCGAGUGUGUGUUUCUGCUUUUUGAUUUUGUGGUAGUUUUUUACUAUUUUUGGUCUGUAAAACCUGGAUUUUAGUUGCAGUAAGUUGUGUGUUUUAAUGAAUGUAUGUUACCAUGAUUCACACCUGAUGUCUAAUAAAAUAACCUGUACACACUAUUUGUUGUGCUACAGUGUCAUUUGAUGUAUUUACAAGAAUAGGAUUAUUAUUAUAGGAUUAUCAUUAAAAAAAAAAUACAAUUCAAUUUAAUAUUAAAUUGAAAAUAAAAUGGAAUGUUUUGACUUUAGCAAAAAGUGUAUUUAGUUAAUUGAGUUAACUCUUUUGUACUUUUUUUUUUUAAAAUUGACAAAUUAAAUUCAUCUGAGAGAAGGAUCUGCUCAUAAUUUUUCUAUUGAGUUAAAAAAAUAUAUGUAUGUUAAUUCAUUGAAAGUGUGGCAGUGAAAACUGAUACAGGAUAAGGAAUUUUUUGCAUUAAUAUGAUUUUAAAUAACUUUCAAAUUGAUUAUUAAGCUUAACUCUUUGAAAGCUGUGUGUGUUGUGUGUGAAUUACUACAGAAUUGCCUGUAGAUGGUUCCUCUUAGGAUAAUAGUUUGGCAUUCUGCUUGUAUUUGUGUAAACAUUGCCAAAUAGUAUGUUCUAUCAGGCCUGUAUGUAGUUAAUGUUACAAAAUCAUAAUUACUUAGCAUCACGCUCUAAUUAUUGCAUGAACCGUGACACUUUUGUGGUAGUUGUUUAGCAAGAUAAGUUGUUCAGUGUUGUUUAAUGUAUACCUAUUAUUUUGUUUGAGUUCAUUCUUUUUUAAAUUAAUUUAGUUAACUUUAAUAAGUUUUAUACUGUGAUGUUUUGUAAUAAACUGUAAAAUUUCUAUAUUAGAUAGGAAUUUGAUACAUGUAUAUAUCAUUUAAUUGAAUUUUCUUUUAUUUGAUACCUUAUAAUGUUUUCUAUGAUGUACCAUUGUAAUAAUGCAUUUUUUUUAUAAUCAAUAAUUUUACUACUUAUUAGUUUUUUAUAGAUAAUUAAGUGAAAAUUUUCUAUAAACAUGUGGCAUUGACAUUUAUUUUAUGUAAUUAUUUGCUACCAGAAAUAAAGCUCGCUGCUUGUAAAG